ACUCAUUACUCUCUCAAUUUCAAAAUAUUUGUUUUCUUUCCUUUUUUUUAGCCCUCUUUUCUGUUACUGAGAAUUUCACUGUCAUACAUUUUGUUCUACUUUAUAGAAAUAUAAUAAGUUAUCAAUAUCUGUUUUUGUACAAUUUAUCUUCUCUCCCUUUAAAUUUCUUGAGAAAGAGGAAGAAGAAAAUAAGUGACAUGGUUAGUACAUAGAAUUCUUGUUUUCUGGAAUCUGAAAUUUCAUGGCUUCUCACAAGUUUUGCUCUUUCUUUUUUCUAAUUUCUUGUGCAACUUCAAGAUUAUUGUUUGUUGAUCCACAGAUUUAUCUGCAUUCCCACUUUUUCAGUGCAUUCUUGGUGCAUGUGAUUCUUGAAAACAUAACUUAUAUCAACAAUUGAAACUGUUAGCCCAAUUUUGAUCCCUAGAGUAAAAUUUUCUGUUACAUGGUGGAAUAUCGAGAUUGUAAAUUUAGUUUACUAGUUGAGUUGAUUCUUCACCUCAUAUUGAAUUUGGAGUUGCAAGUGGGGUAGUGGAUUUGUAAUUGUAACUCUUUGUUGAAUAUUGAUAUGCUGGUAAUUUGAUGAUGAAAAUGGAGCAUUGAUCCUUGAUCAUAGAACUGCUUUUGUGUUUUAUUAUUUUAAUUUUAUAAGCUUUAUUGAAUUCCUUUUGAUUCCAACGGAUGGAUUUUGCAAAUGGGGCAGAAUCGUUUACCAAAAAGAGAUUGGCUUGGAACCCUUUUAAAGAGCAGCUUUGGAUGCUGUGAAGAACACAAAGACAUUAGGUUUAAUGAGAAGAAUGUGUUCUGCAUAGAUUGCGUAGCUGGAUUGUGUCGGCACUGCAAGGAAGCUCAUUCCCUCCAUCGAAGGUUUCAGAUAUACAAAUAUUCCUAUCAAGAUGUUGUGCGCCAUUCUGAACUUCAGAAGUAUUUUGAUUGCUCAAAUAUCCAGACUUACGUGUCCAAUAAUGAAAAGAUUGUGCAUCUCAGACCCCGGACUUCAUCCAAAGAAUUCAAGCUAGCAAGAAGAUCCAAGUUUGAUACUCAUCUAUUCUCUGAAUCUAGUGCCAAAGAAGCCAAAGUAACAACACCUCCAAAGUGGGGUGCUACUUGUGAAGAAUGUGGAAAGCAUCUACAAGAUGAGCGCAAUCGAUUCUGCUCCAUUACGUGCAAGAUCUCAGUGCUUCCACAAGAUCAAGGUCAUUCUAUAAAGAAAAAUCUCAAUGCACAAAGGAUUCCGGAGGAGGGUGUUAACCAACAUGAUAACCCAAACUCAGAAACUGAGUCAUCUAUCUCUGUGGCCGAGACAUAUGAAUGCUUUGAAGUUGUGAAUUUCAGAAAGCGCCCAAGGAAAGCCACCCCUCAGAAAUCAUGUCAUUUUGUCUUCACUUAUUGAAAAUUGUCCUUUCUUAGUUUUUCUUGUAUUCUAGUUUUCUUUCCAAUUUUGGAGAAUAAGAAUUCUUGGAACAUUUGAGGGAAACUCAAGUCAACCCCACUGCAUCCCAUUUUGGGAUUCAAAGUUGGGAAUUCAGUAGCUUUGAGAAUAGUCACUUGCUGAGCUUGUACAGCACAGGGUUGACAGUAAAUUAAAGGUGUACAGGAUGCACUUUGGUUACUUUUUAAUUAAUUCCAUCCUUUUCAUCUCUUAUAGUGAGCUGCAAAUUAGUGUC